GAGAGCAGCAUUGUCCUACACACACACACACCUGGCUGAUGUCAGCACUGGGAUUGGGCUGAACCGGGGAGGGAGAACAAUCCUGGAGACAGGAAGUGGGGAGGGAAAGAGACAAGAGAUAGAGACUCGAACCUGCUGAAGGCGAGAAGCCAGUGCCUUGGAAUGUGAGUCAAUGUGAGAGCCUGAGCGAGCAGUGUACUGAUCCUUUCCCACGGGGGACCGUGCCACCUACCCACCAGGGCUUCAACCAAUUAACACCAUGUCUCAAAGAAAUUCAGAUUCCGGGCUUGGAAAAAAAUCCUCACUUUUGUAUGACAAAAAAAAAUAUGCAACCUUGGGCCCUGCAGUACCGAGAAGAACGGAUGUUCCAAGAAGGACUUUAGAGCCAGUAGAUAAUGCUUGCUACGUUCCAGAACAAAUCCCUUCUCCUGUGGAAGCCUCCAGGGUUAUACUAAGCACAGAAAGCCCAGCAGCACAGAAACUUGGUGCUCACCAAAUGAUUCCCAGAAGCUUAGCUGUGGCCACUAAAACCAAAGUCCCACGUCAUCAUAGCUUUGCUGCCACAACCUUCACCAAAGAAUUGGCCCGCAACGAUCCAAAAAGGUUAUCUGCUCCUGAUAUAUGUCUGGAUCCUUCAGAAGAUGAUAUAAACACAGGGGGGACAUUACAAAGGAAUUUAAGAAAUCAGUCUUACAGGGCAGCUAUGAAAGGAUUUCAGGACCUUGAAGACCGUGAACCUCAAAAGCCUUUAUCAACCUUAAUGCCUGUAUCAGAAGAUCCACAUGCACCUCCUCCACGCAGCCCUGGGAGAUCUAAGAAAACCUUUGGAAUAAAGAGAAUGCAGAGACAUGCAGGUUCCUUCAAAGAUGACCCACGGCUGUACCAAGAGUUCCGGGAGCGAGGACUUAACUCCAACAAUCAGGAAUCUGAUGAUGAUCUGCUGGAUGAGAAGGGGGAGGUGGAGCAGCCAGUGCCAAAUGAUGGCAUAGUGGUGAAGAAUUAUCGACCUUCCCAACUCAUCUGGAGCCAGCUUCCCGAGGUACAUGAAUCUGGGAUUUUGGACAGGAUUUCCCCUGAAGAGCGUAAGCGACAAGAGGCAAUAUUUGAGAUCAUCACUUCAGAAUACUCCUACCAGCACAGCUUGGGCAUUCUUGUCCGACUCUUCCAAAAAUCCGAGGACCUAAGACAAACAAUAACCAACACUGAGCACCAUCAUCUGUUCUCCAACAUUGCAGAGAUACUGGAAGUCAGCAAAAGAUUUUUUGAAGACUUGGAGAAAAGGCACAAAGAAAACCCAUUCAUUGACAACAUAAGUGAUAUUGUAGAGCAUCACGCUGUGACGAAAUUCCAGCCCUACGUGAGUUACUGCUCCAAUGAAAUGUACCAGCAACGGACUCUCCAAAGGCUCAUAUCAGCCAAUGUAAAUUUCAAAGACACCUUAAAGCAAAUAGAAAUGAAGGCAGAAUGUGGUGGCCUGCCCAUGUUCUCUUUCUUAAUUCUACCAAUGCAGAGAGUCACUCGUCUUCCUCUCCUGAUGGAUACUAUUUGCCAAAAAAUGAACAUGUACACUAAAGAAUAUGAAGAGACAACUCAUGCCCUGAAAGCUUUAAGCAAGCUGGUUAAGCAGUGCAAUGAAGGAGCACGGAAGAUGGAAAGGACAGAGCAGAUGUACACCCUGCAAACGCAGCUUGAGUUCGGGAAGAUCAAGCCAUUCCCACUCAUUUCUGCUUCGCGCUGGUUGUUGAAGAGGGGUGAACUUAACCUUGUGGAAGAAUCUGGAGUGUUCUGGAAAGGCUUUGGAAAGACUUCUUGCUACCUCUUCCUAUUCAAUGAUGUCCUUAUAAUAACGAAGAAGAAAAGCGAGGAAAACUACAUAGUAACAGAUUAUGUUAUGACGGAUCAGUUAGCUGUCACUAAAUUUGACAACAGUGACCAACCUUUAACGCCUCCUGCAAAAACUGCAACAAGUGGCCCCCGGAGUCCAAAUGGGACCUUCUUGUUCCAGAUUAAUAUCAGUAAGAACAGCGAAGGGAAACCAGACCAAACUGUGUUGGCAUCUGACAGUCUGAGUGAUAGAGCACGGUGGAUUGCUGCACUUGAGAGGAAAGAAGACAACAAAGAGAACAACAGAUCUAGGAGAGGAGGACUGAGCCAGGUGGAAAUAAUAAAGGCUUACUUGGCCAAACAAGCGGAUGAAAUUUCACUCCAACAGAAUGAUGUGAUGCUGGUGUUGCAGGAAGAAGAUGGUUGGUAUCAGGGUGAAAGGCUACGAGACGGAGAAAGAGGAUGGUUUCCAGAGUCCUAUGCCAAGGAAAUCACCAACCAAACAGCCGUAGAAAGGAAUGUUCAGCGAAUGGAGAGACUGAGGAUUGAGACAGAUGUGUAAUGGAAGAAAUGGACACUCUACGCCAAGGCCACACUGUGAGACAGACUUGUGAAUCUAUGCAGUGUGUAGUUCUUGGACCAUUGGUUGGCCAACUUAGUUUAGAUCAUAAAAUACAUUUCAGGAGAUCUUUGGAGAUCAUUCUACUGUAAUGAUGCUGAUCUCAGAGAGGAAUGUUAACUAGGUUGCCAGAAGGUCCAUGGAAACAAAACCUCAGUCCAAAUUAGGCAUCCAAAAUUGGACCAUCUUGGUCCCCCUGUCCUACAUUUUGUUACCCAGGGAGCAAUGCUCCAGAUCUUUUGUUUUCCGAUGAAACCAGUGACGUGUUGGUUAAGUGCCAAACUGGGGAAGAGCAGAAUAGAGCAAUAAAAGGCACCAAAAUGUUUUUUUUUAUUAUCUUCCCGUGUAUAAAUCAAAUGUAAAUAUAAAGAGAAGAAUGUGGCAUUAUAUUCCCUGUUGCAAGUUCAUGUUACAGGUAUGGGCUCUAUUAUCUACAAACAAAAUACACCAAUGCUAUUUCUCAUGAUCUCCUAUUUAAACCAACCAAGAUCUUCACCUUCACUUAAUGUGCUUUUUCUCCACCCAGCAUAAAUCCAUGUUUAUAACAAACAAUCCUAUUGGUUCCUUUUUUUAUUGUUGGGGUAUAGUGCUCCAUAUUACUGACCCGAAAAACCAACGUCCCAAGAAUAUGGCGCCUGGAAAGUGAGAUUUUUACUUUCCCUUUCAGAGGCAAAAUGUUGAAAAGAAUUCUGCAUUUUCAUGCACAACUAUAGUUUUACUAUUCUAGGGAUUUUGCCAGUUCUACACUACAAACCUGCAUUCUGGUUCUUAUCUGCUGCACUCUUUUCUAGGGAAGUAUAUACAUGGGACUUUAUUAUGUUUGAUUUGUACAAAUUCUGCAUCAUAACUGACAAGGGAAUUAUUUGUGAGUAAAUGAAUGGAAUGAGUGUAUUUUGGGAUAACACUAUGGGGCAAAUUCACUAA